AUGGGUAAGCACCAGCGGUUGGUUCCCAUCCUUGCAUCAAUAGGCUUGGUGUCUUCGACCACCAUUAUCUGUCUCCUUGCUUUCCGACACGAUAUGGUUCUAGAGUUUCUCGGGCUUACAUACUUCGUCAACAUGAUUGGUCUUUUGCCUAUAUUAUCCAUUCUCUACUUUAUCGGCAUGUUCUGUUAUGGAGCAUCGAACUCCAUACACAGGAAUUUCACAAGUACAGCUGCAUGCACAAUCUUUCUAAUUUCAAUUGUCAUGCAGAUCAUUGAGCUGUCUUUGUUACAGUCCUCAGCAUCCAGCAUGCUGUAUCUCCUAACAGCCACUCUCGGUAUUGCGGCGUCCCUGGUGUCUGCACUGCAUCAAUCGCCGUCAAUAUUAUUUACCUUUAUUGUAAAAGCGGUUCCGUUAACAAACGCAGCUUACUCUGUACUACAGUUCUCGUUGUUGAAGAAAAACGAUGUGGUACUCCUGAUCGCUAAUGCAUGCCUGGCAUCGGUCGCAUUUUUUGUAGUAUCAGUUCUUCCAUUGGCAGCACUUGCAGUGGGGAACGUUUUAAUAUAUGUCGACUACUCUGGUCAGGCCCUAGGCUCAACGGCGAUGUCUGCAGCUACGAUUGAGGCAUCUCUGACAGCCAUUCUAGCAGCCAUGGAGGUCAUCAAGUACACAAACAUUCGGAAGGAAAUAUUGAUGGAUAUCAAGCAGAAGCAGCAGCGCGGCGUGCCUAACUCGUACGCAACAAUGGAUUAG